GGUAAAGUGGCAGGCAGCUCUUCCAGCCCCAUUGUCACAGCUUCGUUACCGCCCCGGUCCCAGGCCAGCCACACACCCGUCAGCGAGGGGGAGAUCUUCAAGCUUCCAGGCAGGCUGAGAAUCCAGCCCUCACUGUGGAGCAAGGACGACGUGAUCCACUGGCUAAGAUGGGCUGAGAAAGAGUUUUCCCUUCGGCAAACGGACGAAAGCAAGUUUGAAAUGAACGGCAAAGCCCUGUGCAUCCUCACCAAGGAUGACUUCAGAUACCGAGCUCCAAGCUCAGGUGAUGUCUUAUAUGAAAUACUCCAGUACAUUAAAACUCAAAGAAGAGCUCUGGUGUGCAGCCCUUUGCUCAACUCACCCUUCAGGGAAGCCAGGAGCACAGAGCUAGCCCUGUCGGCCCCAGUGGAUGGGAAAAUUGCAGACUGUAGGUUACUGUGGGAUUAUGUGUAUCAGCUCCUCUCCGACAGCCGCUAUGAGCCUUACAUCAAGUGGGAAGACAAGGAAGCCAAGGUCUUCCGGGUCGUUAACCCAAACGGACUUGCCCAGCUCUGGGGGAACCACAAGAACCGGAUGAACAUGACAUACGAGAAGAUGUCACGAGCGCUCAGACAUUACUACAAACUCAACAUUAUUAAAAAGGAGCCGGGGCAGAAGCUGUUGUUCAGGUUUUUGAAGACUCCUGGGGAGAUCAUCCAUGAGAAAUCCAGCAAACUGGAGCAGCUGGAGAGCGAGGACCAUGAGGAUUUGAAAGAAGACCCACUGGAGGUUUCACCAUAG